CUUCUUGUUGGUUCGAUAAACUCAGCUCCCUGCCAACAGCCAAACAAAUCCCAGUCCCAGCUGCACCUACUAGUGCUCGGUUCCUACCCCUUGGGUCGAGGGCUCAGUUCCGUGGAGUUGGGAAGCCUGGUAGCAGCUUUUCUGUGGAAAAUCUCUGACUAAGUGCUCGGCAUAAAAACGGGAAAUCGGAAAACGGGAAACACGGGAAAAACUUGUUACCAUUCGGGAUGGAUAAGCUGAGAGCCAACAAUGCCGGCGGAGAGAAUCCCUUCAAGCGGCCAAUGAAUGCCCUGCAGAAGCAAUGGUAUCGCGUCCUCCUGGCCAGGAGAGUGGGAUUCGGGCAACGCCCGCCGCCGGAUGAGAAGGAGGUAACCUACUCCGAUGUUUGUCGUAAGCGUUACGCGGCCUCCUUCCGGCGAUAUAACGAACGUUUCCGCCGGGAAAUGGCCAAGCACGAGGAGAUGCAGCGAUGUGCCAUCGAUGCCAUGAGAGUGCACAGAACUUUCGCUAUAACAACACUGUGGCUACCAUUGCACUCGAAGCGGGAGAUAAACUCGACUUUGGAGACCCUCGAACAGGUACUCACCGCCAAGGAAAGACGACGCCUGCAGGAGAUACUCAAACAGAACGAUUCGUGGCAACCGCGUCGCUGAAGCAAAAAAUAGACUCUUCCAAUGGCGGCUACUUGGCAGAUUCAAGAAUCCAGUAGCCAGAUUUCAGCUUCAGAGCCUGGAACUGACUCAUCUUUAUCCUCAUCCUCAUCCUGUCAUCAUCAUCUGCCAUGGCUAAGUGAAUUCCAUUUAGCUUGGAUUUCACUUUGCCGGAGAGCCUGAUUUUUCCAGGCUCACUUCACUUUCGUAUUUUUCACUUUUUCUUGGUUUUGUUCUUGAAAUUUCGCUGCCAGCAGAACAUUGUCGUAAAUAUUUAAUACCAAUAUGAGUGCAAAGUUCACUUUGGCUAAAACAGAAGCUGUGUUGGGACUAAAUGUGUCUGGGGGAAAGGGAAAUUGGUUGAACU